AUGCCCAGAUAUGCGGAAGCUCCAGCAGAUGGGAGUGAAGUCUCAUCUGGCUCUCAAUUGACAAAACGUGUCAAUAAAUCAGAAGAGCCGUAUGAGACGGUCACUGAACAGAAGGCAACGGGUCACCCACGCGAAACGGAUGGCGAAGAUUCAUUGGGAUCUCGAGGUGACGACGAUGUUUUGUACGUGAAGGGACAUCCCGUCAUCCGAAAUGGUAAUCGACUCUGCGCUGAUGUAUCUAAGUUUAUUGUAUCCGUCCGAGACGACGGAGACCCUUCUCUCACCUUUCGUUCUAUCGUCCUAGGUUCGGUGUUCACUGCGCUUUCGAGCGUGAUCACCAUGCUCUAUGUCUUCAAGCCAUAUCAAGCGCAAGUGUCUGCAGUCUUUCUGCAGCUGCUCGUCUAUGUUUUUGGUGAAGCAUGGGCGCGUCUUACUCCUCGCCCUGAUCGGUUCAAAUGGAAAUGGCUGCAGACAGUACUCACAUUUCUUAACUUCGGUCAGCGCUUUACCAUCAAAGAGCAUGUGGUAGCCGCCCUGAUCGCGUCGUCUGGAAAUAACGGCCUCAAUGGUGUGGAGGUCUAUGCCGUGGAACGACUGUUCUAUAAUAGAGGUGUAUCCGCAACGACCGCGGUCCUGGGAACCUUUUCUAUGGCCCUUUGUGGAUUUGUCCUAGCAGGUAUCAUGCGGCCGCUCAUUGUUUACCCUGGGGAGAUGGUGUACUGGUCCACUUUACCCCAGGUGGUUCUCUAUCAGAAUCUUCAUUUUGACCGGCGCGCCAACAAAGAUCGGCUGACCAAGUUUGGCUGGGCCAUGUUACUAACCGCUGUCUGGGAAUUAUUUCCCGCGUACAUCAUGACUUGGCUUUCGGGUUUUUCUAUCUUCUGUCUCGCCUCCAUGAACGCGCCAAAACACACUCGGACCAUUUUCUCUACCAUCUUUGGAGGCGCUUCGUCUAACGAAGGUAUGGGCCUCUUCAACUUUUCGCUGGACUGGCAGUAUAUUCAGAGCACAUACCUUUCGCUACCAAUCAAGCAACAGCUGAACACUUGGAUUGGUUACGUUAUUCUGUAUGCUGCUAUACUCGGUCUAUACUACAGCAAUGCCUGGGAUGCGAAGACCUUCCCGUUCAUGUCCACGUCUCUUUUCCAGAGCAAUGGCACACAGUUCUCAACGUCAUCCGUCAUAAAUAGUCAGGGAACCAUUGAUUUCACAAAGCUCGAGGAAACAGGCCUACCUUCUUUGACUUCAGCCACCGUCUGGGGAUACCUUACCCAGAACCUGGCCAUCGGAGCUUUAAUUACCCAUGUUUUCAUUUUCUACGGCAAGGAUAUGGUGCUCGCGUGGAAGCAGUCACGUAGCAAGACUCAACCGGAUCCACACUAUCAGGCGAUGCUGAAGUAUAAGGAAGUCCCGAUGUGGUGGUACCUGGUUCUGUUCAUCCUGGCCUUUGUCGCCGGACUGAUUGUCAACAUCAAAGGCGAAACCACUCUCCCAGUCUGGGGCUACAUCGUUUCUCUUCUUCUCGGUGCCUUCAUUGCGCCCUUCUCCUGUGUCCUCUACGGUCUCUACGGAACCGGAGUGUCCACCAACCAGCUGUCCAAGAUGGUGGCAGGUGCCCUUCACCCUGGCCGCCCCCUGGCCAAUCUCUAUUUCGCCAGCUGGUCCCACCAAUGCAUCCUUCUCUCCGUCAACCUAGCCAACUGGCUCAAAGUCGGACAAUACACCAAAGUUCCCCACCGCGUCAUGUUUGCCACCCAAAUCUACGGCACCCUCCUCGGCGCAGCCUUAAACUACGUCGUCAUGACCACGAUUGUGAGCUCCCAACGAGAGAUCCUCCUCGAUCCCGUCGGAAACAACGUCUGGAGCGGCUCAACCAUACAAGGCUUAAAUUCCCAGGCGAUCACGUGGGCCCUCGCAAAGGACAUGUACGGCGUUAGCAGCCGCUAUUUCAUCGUGCCCCUCUGUCUAGUCAUCGGCCUCGCCUUGCCCCUCGUGCACUGGGGUCUGGGGAAAGUGAUCCCCCGUCUUCGAAAGCUACCGCUCAACACAGCGAUUAUUGUUUCGUACGCCGGUAAUCCGUACUAUGGAAAUACGUCGUGGAUUUGGUCGUCGAUUGUCGUCGGCCUUUUCUCGCAGUUCUGGCUCAGACGUCGCCUGCCGGAGAUCUAUAACAAGUAUAAUUAUCUGAUUGGGGCUGCGAUGGAUGGAGGUUCGCAGAUUAUUAUCUUUGUUCUUUCGUUUGCGGUCCUUGGAGCUGCUGGUAAGGAACGGCCAUUUCCUACGUGGUGGGGAAAUCCUCAGGGUAAUCCGGAUCAUUGUUUGUAA